GUUCACGUGACACAGGUCAAACGAAGAAAGCCUCGACACGGUGCUUUCUGAAGCACUACGUUGUUUGGUCCGACACGAGCUCCGGGGCAUCGCCUUCAAAGUGACCGUCAGUAGUCUCUGGUUCUCUGUCCAGUUUACGGAUGGACUCCGCAGGUUCUUUAAAACGUCUCAGUCCUGCUGAGCUGAGACUGUUAAUGAGACAGAACGAUCCCAGGAUCACCAUAACAUCGGGACUGGCUAAAGGAUACCAACAGGCUGGUGUGAUCUUCCUACCAAAUCAACAUGCUGAUGACUUUGAGGCGUUCUGCCACAAUAAUCCUGGUCCCUUGACCUUUCUCUAUCGCAGCCAACAAGGGGAGUCCUCAUGUCCACCUCUGGCUGGGAAUGUUGACAUAAGGACAGAUAUUUCUAAGUACUGCGUGUACGAGGCUGGUCAUGUGGUCAGAACUUUGUCAAGUCUAAUGAGUUUAACCUGUGAAUUAAGGACUUCAUCGUCAGAACAGCAGCCUGUGGCAGCCUCUGACAGUCUGAGCCAGCAGCUGUCAGACAUGGUGUGUUUAUAUCUGGGCUGCAGUUUUGGCUUUGAAAGCAAACUGAAAGAUGCAGGAGUUCCUGUCAGGAAUGUGGAGCAGGGGAAGAACGUCAGCAUGUACAAGUCCACAGUUCCGUGUGUCCCUGUGGGAGUGUUCAGCUGCCCUCUAGUGGUCACCAUGAGACCUAUUCCAGCUGCUCUGCUGAAUGUAGCAGUGGAAGUGACUCACCUUAAUCCACUGGCACACGGAGCUCCUGUACACAUUGGAGAACCAGCUCUGCUAGGAAUCCCGGAUCUGUCCAGACCAGACUAUGGGGAUCCAGUGGAGCUGCAGCCUGGUGACGUCCCAGUCUUCUGGGCCUGUGGAGUGACUGCAAUCCAGGCAAUACUUAGCAGCAAGGUUCCACUGGCGUUCAGUCAUUCACCAGGAUGUAUGUUCCUGACUGAUAUCCCAGACUCCUCUACUUCCAUCAUAACCCCCACUCCCAACAGUGAUAACCCUCCAAACAACCAACUAAACCCUGAGCUGACCCCACUCAGCUUCUUGGUGUCCCACAAUCCCUUACUGUACAGCUUGGUAUCUCGGAGGGCAGUGGCAAAAAUCAGACAUUUGGAAAUGAUUAUUGGAGAGGACCCAGCAGGUGAAGAAGGAACUAAAGAUUUGUUCAGUCAGAAGGAUCUCCUACACUCCUGUCUGGCUCUCUCACACUCACGUUCUGUUGCUGUAACCACAGGCGUUUCCACUCACCACCUGCACAGCUCACCUGAUCAGAUCGAUGGAUGGAUACCUGGGGCCAUCGCCAUAGCAAACAUGCUGUUGUCUCUAGGGAAGACGGUCACCUUGAUAACAGACAGCAGAUUCCUCGAGAUGACGAAGGCCAUUGUUGACGAAGCUGUGAACAUGGGUGUGCUAAAUACUGCUACACCACUGCUCACUGUUGAAGACAGCAGUCCAAAUGCUGCCCUAGACCUCUUAUGUCACCAUGGAGACACCAGCAAACCAAGGUAUGACCACAUCGUGGCAGUAGAGUGUAGAGGAACUGCUACUGAUAGGGCUAACGUUAGAGAGGAAAACGUCAAACAUCAAGUAGGUCCUGUCGAGGAGCUCUUUAUUACUGCACAGGAUAUCUCUGGAAUUACCACUACAGGAGUGUCUAACUGGGGUGGAUAUGCUGUGGCCUGUGGGCUCUUCCUUCUAAACACCUGCCCCUCACACCAGAGGUACCUGAAGAGAGGCCUGGGCAAAGAAACCACAACAUCACAGGAACAACUGCAGGACUGGACUGACAACCUGCCGUCAGUGGAGAAGGAACAACUUCUCAGAUCCACACUGAUGCAGUCGGGAUUACAAAAUGGCAAAUCUGGUAACUCAGUGGCAGGUGCUUUGACCUUUACCCCCGACGACAAUAACAUCAUCACCAGGUUACUCAAAGUGAUCUAUGAAGGCUCCAUGUCUGAAAACUAGGGCUGCCAUGCCUCCUAUAUAUAGUCAGGCAAAUAUGUUUUAAACGUUGUCGACUAAAUGUAUCUCCUGUCAUUGUUUUGUUCUUCUGUCUGUACAAAAUCAAUAAGUCUAUUAAAAUAAAAACACUCAAUGUUCUAGUAAACCAACAAAACCAUGGCUCGACCAACACUGAAAAUACAGGUAAAUAGAUAGAUAGAACUUCAUGAAUCCCUUGGGAGUUCCCUUCAGGAAAUUAAGGGUUUGAAAACAAACACAAAUCUCAAGUAGGUCAAAUAAAACAUGUUUUGGUUGCAAUGACAUUGCACCAGAAAUUAAAUAUCCCUCUGUUAAUGAUUAAAACAAGUGUCAAUCAGUGUCAGCGCGCUUUUAGCUCACACGGUUUGAACAGGGUUCUGUGGUCCUAGUUAAAGUGUGACCAGAUGUCAGUUCUGUGACAUUUCUGUGUUUUUCAUGAAACAUACCUUCGCACUUGGAUUACAUGAAUUGCAGGAAAUCGAUGCUAAUGAAUGAAGCUAGUUUUGAAACUUCAUGCGUUGUACCUUUGUCUCUGCUUCUGAGGUGAUCGGCCUACCUUCACAAUGACAUUCCUUCUGAUUGGAUCUUUUCUAUUCGCCCCGCCCUAAGAUUUUCGUCUCCUUCUGAUUGGUUUACCAACGUGUUCUUUAUAAUUCGUCAUCAUGCGGACUUUUAUUUAGUUUUCGGCCGUAAAAAAGAUUCAAAUGGAUUCAUUGGUGAAUAUGUUUCGUCAACACAAUGCACGAUAAAAGAUAAAGCAGAGCAGGGAAAGGAAAAAUAAAACUUCGGAACGGUCUCGGCGUGUGACGUCAAACGCUGAAAAAGCUAUUCCUAAACAGCGGCUUUACCUGGUCCGGAUGAACGGCUGAGACAGAAAGGUGACUUGUGAUAUUGGUUCUUUACUAUUUGCGAAUUUUUCUCUUAGUGAUUUCAGCUUUUAGCUAAAUUAAUAGUUUAGACUUCACUUGAAAUGGAAGAAGAUUGUGUUUUGUAUUUAUUUAUUUUUUGCCCUUGGGAAAUUAAUUAAAAAAUGCUAACUAAAGACAUUAUUUGUUUGGCGUGUGUUUACUCUUUAACCAGGAUCCAACUUCUCAGUACUUUGUCAACUCUGAUCCAGAUCCACGUCUGCAGCCAAGAUGUAACCCAGGCCUCCCUCCAUCUUACUGGUUGUCUCCAGGUUUGUACUGUGUGCUGUACAAUGAAGACAGUUUCCAAAAUCAGACAUGGAUCCAUCUGCUUUUAUGAUCAGCCCAUCCAUGGUACAACCCGUCGGGAGACUUUGGGUGUUUAUUAUUGAGAGGACUAUAACAAUUUCUCUUCAUGCAACUGACAACAUAUAAACAAACACCAUCACUGAGGCAGACUGAAACAAGAUGAGACAGAACAGACAGAACAGACACCUAAACAUCACACAUUAUACAUACCCUGCUGAUUUCACUGACCUGGGCUCAAACAACCAACCAAAAACAGACAAAAUUACCAAAAUACUUACCUUCACAUACAAACGAUGUACAAAAUAUAUGAGUAUGAAGUUUAGGUCCAAUCUAUAUUAAAAUAUGUAUGUCUAAUACUUGUUAGUACUGUGUUAGUAUUUCACAUUAAAGAGCGUUAAAAAGGGUGCCUCAUGGUGGCAACAGGAAGUGACCUGUUUUGCCAGUUAAUGCACACUCUUGGAGGAAUAACGGUAUCCUUUUUCAAAGAUGACCAGAAUACAUUGUUUCACAUGUCCCUUGUGUAUGGUAAUGAGGUAAUGUCAUCUUCAUGGUAACACUCCAGAGUUCACCGACAAAAACAAACGAUUUGCACGCCAAAGAAAAGAAGCCAAACUUUUAGCUACAUGUAGAUUAAGUAGUAGAUGAGGCAAAAUGGCUCAAUAGCGACAUCUAGAAUCAUAAUGACGUGGUUCCAAGCCCUUAAUCCAUGACGUCUGUCCUACAGGAAGUUGACCAUUCUUUACUGGAAUGGGCUCUAAAUCACUGCAGCCUCAACAGAAUAAGAAUAUUGGUGUUAAACCAUCAAAACCUGAAUCGUAUAAAUCGA